AUGACUUUUUCCUUUUGAGCCACUUCCGCAGGAGGGAGAUGGGCUAGAUCAUCUGCCGAAGGUGUUGGAUAUUUUGUCUGAAGUUCCGUUCGGUAUUCCUCGAUCGCUGUGAGGAAGGAGAUCAUGGCCUCGAGGAUUCGCGGGAUGUCCCUUUGAACGACACCGUAUUUGUCUUCUGUCAGUGAAUGGCAAACCAAUUGCGACAGUGCUAUAAAAUAGAUCCGUCAACCAGCGGCAGGCAGACAAAAAAGAAAGAUGCUUACCUUGGAUGGCCAACGCGUCCAACUUCCUAUUCGGCACUGCACAUUCCACGACCUUAUUCACUCUCUCCCUAGUCCACCACCUGCCCAAUCGUUGCUUUCCCUCGACGACCCUCUUUGGAACGACCUUCUCAACCUGUGUCUCCAAAGCCUUCAAAAGCAUCGUUUUCCACCGUUUCGGAUCAAGAGUCUUCGCCAUCUUUUUCAUCUCUUCCUCACUUUUUUUCAAAGCGCUACUCUCAGAGACAACUUGUGAAGGUGGAGCGUGCAGGACUGAACGGAACAAUUCUGGGACGUUCUCGCCGGUGGCCAUAAUAAAAGGAAAGUCACGUGCAAGUUUGAAAACAGAUGUGCGAAGAAGAGGUGUCUGAGGGAUGCCCGGUGGUGGAGGAGGCGCCUUUAACGCAGUGGGUGCAGCAGCGGGAGCUACAUAGGGAAAGCCCAUGAACUCAAACGAUCACACAAAACUAGAAGCUCAAACUUACCAGGAGCCUCAGGUUUUCCACGUCUCAACAACAAUUGAUAAUCCUUCCCAAGAGUAAUCAGACUCUCCCUCACUAGCGUACUCCACAUACUCGGGUUGUACUUCUGAUCUGCAAACAAAGCUGAUCUCUGAGCGCGAGCUGCAUCGGAAUCCUCGUUGGCGAAAUGAACGAGCUCGUUAUAGGCAAAGUGUUUGAAGUAAAGAUCGGAUGAAGUCGUUCCAGAAAUGAUGGUAAGAGCUGGGUCAGCGGUUGUUUGCGAGACUGUGACAGGCUUCGAGGCAAGUGAUCAGAGAAACAAACAAUAAUGAUUAGAGUGGGGUGUGUAUGCGUACCUCGGAGACGACAUGAUCAAAAACACUCUCC